AAUAAUAAUAUUGAAGAAUAAAAAAAUACAUAAAGAAAUUAAAGAAAUUAAAAUUCUAAUUCUAAAAAUGAUAAUCUGUAUUAACAAAAUAGAGAUAAAGAUAAUGAUAAUGAUUUUUUUGAACAAAUCGCUAAAGAUUUAGAUAAAAACAAAAAAUCAACUAAUUUAUCUAUUUUAUAAUAGAAAAACAAUUAACUAGAAGGAGAUGAAAUUCGUAGAAAAUCUUAGUUUUAUUAAAAAAAUGAUUAAGAAAAGGAUAAAAGAAUAACUCAACCGCGAAUUCGGAGUCAACUUGAUUAUAGAUAAUUAGAAAACGACUAGAAUGAUUAAGCACCGUCAAUUUCUAAAACUCCUAUGUCUUUAUACUAAAAUUUGUAAAUUAAUGGAAGUUUUUAAACUACAAAUAAGAAAAAUAAUUUUAAAGAAAACUCAUCUAGUAUUGAUAAAGAUUAAUUUUUUAAUUUGGGUGGUACAUUAGAUAACAAUCAAUAAAAAAAUAAAAUUAAUUUGAUAAACACUGAAUUAAAUUUUUUUGCUAGUCCUAUAAAUAAAUUAAAAGACCCGCGAUAAGAAAUUAACUAAAAAUUAAUUGAAUAAAUAAAGUAAGAAACUGAAAAUUUACAAAAUACAUAUAAUUUACAAUUAGUAAGUUUGAAAUAAAAAUAUGAGGAAAUAUUGAAAUUCGAAAGGCAAAAAAGCAUUGAAAUGUAAGAAGAAGCAAAUACCCUUUUAAAGGAAUAAUUUGAUAAUUUACGAAAUAUUUUUUUAAAAGAAAUGGAAGAAUAACGCAAAAUUUUUUAAAUUCAAUAAUUGAAAGUGGAAUAGGCUCACGAAAAAAAUAUUUCUUUAUUAAAUUAACAAUUGGAAAAACAAAAUGAAACAUUAUUCUAAGAAAUAAGCUUCAAAACAAACAAAGAAUAAAUAGAUAAAUUAACAGAAUAAAUAUUAAUCCAUAUACCUGAUAGUGUUAAUAUAUAAUUAACUUAACAAUUAAAGGAAAACGAUGAACUAAAAGAAUAAUAAGAAGAAUUAGAAAUAAAAGAACUCGAGAAAAAAUUAUUAGCAGAAAGAUAAUUUAUAGAAAACGAAAAGGAUUAAAUUUAAAAAAUAAAAGAAAAAUUAAAUAAUAGUGAAAUUUAAAUAAUCGAAAAUCUUAAAAAAGAAAAGGAAAUGAUCAAAAACGAAUAUUAAAAAUUAAACGAUGCAUAAACACAUCUCAAUGAAUUAAAUGAAAAAAAUAAAAAUUUGUUAUAAAAUGAGUAAAUACUUUACGAAAAAGAAAAAUUAAAACUCGAAAAUGAAAGAUA